AACACACAUCCCAGUAUGGUCACUGCACACGAUUCGGCCCCAGGCGGCCAAUACCAAGAUCAUCCAGACGCACCCCUGCCGAUCCGGGUGGAGCACUCAUCGAUCUCAUCGGAGCAGGGAUCGUCUUCAACGAAAACGAUAACGCAAGCCCAGUAUGAACAUGAUUAUUGCGACAGCAGUGAAGCCGAGACCGAACCGGCAUUGGCUCAAUCAGAACCCCGUCCGAUCGAGGACGACGACGAGGCUGUCGCGAUGAUUUCGCGACCCCGCCAUAAAUGGCAGAUUUGGUGGUUGCGCAAUAAGGGUAUGGGGUUGGUCUUGUUGGCGCAGGCUUUCGCUGCCUCGAUGAAUGUCAUGACACAGGUCUUGGAAAUUCAUAGUUCUAUGCAUCCUUUCCAGAUCCUCUUCGCCCGCAUGUCUAUAACAGCAAUCGCAAGUUACCUAUACAUGUACUUCGCCUCAACUCCCUUCCCACUAGGCGCCCGUCCAGUUCGCGGUCUCCUUCUCCUCCGCGCCAUCUUCGGCUUCACAGGCGUCUACUGCCUCUACUACUCCGUCCAAUACCUCCCCCUCUCCGAAGCAACAGUAAUCACCUUUCUCUCUCCAAUCAUCUCCUGCUACGCCUGCUCCCUCCUCAUGCCCGGCGAGUCGUUUUCCCGGAAACAGCUGCUCGCAGGAUUAAUCUCUCUCGGCGGUGUCGUGCUCAUCGCCCGUCCCUUCAGUGCACGCGCUUCACACACUGCCAUGGCAACCCCAACGGCCACUGCCGCCUGGGCAUUAGGUCUGUCUGCAUCAGAUGUCGAAAAGCCACCCUCCGAAACAGAUUCCUACCACCAUGUCAUGGCAACUGUCGUUGCCUUUAUCGGCGUGCUCGGUGCUUCCGGUGCGUACGCUUCCAUCCGUAUGAUCGGCCGUCGUGCGCACCCGCUGGUGUCGGUGACGUACUUCUCAUCGGUAACGACGGUUAUUUCUCUCGUUGCAAUGCUCGUCGUGCCUUCGGUGCCCUUCCGGAUUCCUAAUACGGCUGUGGAGUGGACGCUACUAGCGGGAUUGGGUAUUUGUGGGUUCUUGUUGCAGUUUUUGUUGACGGCGGGGUUGUCGUAUGUCCCGCCUGCGUCUGUCUCAGAUGGGAAGCCUGUGGCGCAGGGUGCGCGUGCGACCUCGAUGGUUUAUAUGCAGAUGCUCUUUGCGGUGUUUUAUGAUAAGGUUGUUUGGGGGAGUACACUUAGUCCGAUUAGUUGGGUGGGAUCUGGGAUUAUUCUGGUUUGUGCGGUUUAUGUUGCUUUUGCACAUGAGAAGCCUGCUGUACAUGGAAAUGGAGAGUAUCACGAUGUUAGGUAUAAGGAUGAUGAGGAGAGGGCCGAGUCCGAAGGGAAUUGA